CUUUUGUUCAAUGCACAAUUAAGUGGCUACUAUGCAGAAGCCUUGUGACUUGAAAAUCAACAUUAAUGAUGAGGAAAUCUUCCUUUUGAACAAGGAGGUUAUGUCAAAAUUCAGUGGAAAAAUAGAGAGUCAAAUCCAGAACAAGAACAAUAAUAAGAUGAUGAUUGAAAUGAAUGAUUUCCCAUGUGGUCCAAAUGGAUUUGAGCUUGUUUCAAUGUUCUGCUACAACAAUGGCAAGAUUCCAAUCACAGUUUCCAAUGUCCUUAUCCUCCAUUGCAGUGCACUCUACCUUGACAUGACUGAAGAAUUCUUCACCAACAAUCUCAUCCAACAAACAGAAAAUUUUCUUGACAGAAUCUAUCAUUGGACAUGGAAUGACACACUUUUGAGUCUCAAGAGUUGUGUUUCAUUCCAUUCCUAUGCAGAAAACUGUGGAAUCUUGGACAAGAUCAUGUUUGCAUUGUUGGCAAAGAUUGCUCUGAACUCUGAUCCAAGCCUACUUCUGUUAUCUCCUUCUUCGUCGCCGUCGUCGCCAGAAAACAAUAACAAGAGGUUUUCUUUUCAGGCAACACCAAAGACUAUAAGACAAAGUUUUCCAAGUAAAGCUUGGUGGUUUCAAGACAUGGAUUCUCUUCCUCCAAUGAUUAUUGAUAAGUUUCUCAGAUGCAUUGGCGGUUACAAGAAGCAUAACAACAACUUAGUCCUCACAAGGUUCCUAAUUGAUUAUCUGAAGAAAUCAGUUCCUCCAAGUAGAAGCAAGAAUGGUGAGUAUUCGAGUAUUGCCGAGACAGCUGCUUAUGGAGUCAUAUUUGUUGGGAAGAACACAUUUUCUUGCAGAACACUUUUCUGGGUGCUAAGGAUUGUGUCUUGUUUUGGGCUUAGUGAAGGAUGUAGAAUGGAGAUGGAGAAAUUGAUUGGUGGGAAUCUUGAGCAAGCAAGAUUGGAUGAUUUGUUGGUGUGCGGGAACCAUAUGGGGCUGUAUUAUGAUGUUAAUUUUGUUAUAAGGUUAGUUAAAUUAUUUGUUGAGAGCAACAAUAAUAAUAAUAGUGAAAGUUUAGAGAAAAUGAGGAAAGUUGGAAGGUUAAUUGAUAAGUAUUUGAGAGAGGUAUCAGCAGAUCAGAAUCUGAAGAUCUCAAAGUUUCUUGGAGUUGCAGAGUGUUUGCCUGAUUCUGCUAGAGAUUGCUUUGAUGGCCUCUACAGAGCCAUUGACAUCUAUCUUCAGUCUCACCCAAUGAUUCCAUUUGAAGAAAGAUCAAGAUUGUGCAGAUGUCUUAAUUAUAAUAAACUAAGUUUUGAAAUUUGUAAAGAUCUUGCAAAAAAUCCAAAAAUACCCCCAAGAAUUGCAAUGCAAGCACUUAUUUCCCAAAAAGCAAAAAUUCCACAAAGUGUUUUUGCAGUUAAUGAAAAGGGCAUAAUGGACCAUUCACAAAUAAUCUUGUACAAUGAGUCCAACACAAACAACUUGUUCUUGGAAGAGAAAGAAGACAUGAGACUAAACUUAGAAAGCAUGCAAUUAAGAGUAAGGGAGUUGGAGAAAUUAUGCAACCAAAUGAAGAAUCAAAUGUCAAGGUUUGGUGUCAAUAGUAGUAAUAAUAAUAAUGGGUUGCUUAGUCCUUCUUGUUCUGGAAAUGGGCAUAGAUUCUGUUGAAUAGAUAUUAGUGUAAAUUCU